GCCACGUGUGGUGGACGUGCGCACCCUCCUGAGACACGCGACAGGGUACUGCAGAAGUGUGUCGUCAUUUCUCAUCGCAACACUCUUUGAUGUAACGUCCCACUUGGAUCCAUAAGCCAGUGCCUUUGUAUUCUUGAUAUUUAUAUACAUAAUCACGUCAGGCACACGGAAUCUGAUGGAAUUUAAUAAGAUGCGGUGAAGAAGCGAGUGUGAUAGUACAGCGAACUGAGUUAAAUAAUUGUCAUGUGCACUUCACCUGACUCCACCAUGGCAGACACCCCCAAGACAAGAAGGAGCAACAAGCCCUUGAUGGAGCGCCGCAGGAGGGAGAGGAUCAACCACUGCCUCAACGAGCUCAAGAACCUUGUCCUCACCGCCCAAAGGAAAGACAGUCUUGUUGCUUAUAGAGGAAGCCGACGCGAUAUCGGAAAAGGCAGACAUUCUGGAGAUGACGGUGCGGCACGUACAGGCACUACACCGCCAGGAGAAUUCUACUCCCCACCACCUACGGACUCCACUGCCAAGUACCGUGCAGGCUUCACCCAAUGCGCCGAGGUCAGCAGGUUCCUCUCUGGCCUCAAUGAUUUCCCUGACCUCCAGGCCCGCGUUCUCUCACACCUUAGUUCCACCACCACUUCAGAACCCGCCAACGUAAAACCAAGAACAGAAAUGGACGAGGUUCCAAUACCAACCGCUUCACCACAGCAGGAGUUGCCGACCGGGGUGCCACUGGUGCAGACACGCCUGGUAUCGAGUCAGCUGGCACUGGUGUUGCCUUCUUGGGCCGCCAUUUCUUCCAGAAACAGUUCCCCGACAAAUGCCACGUCCCCAGAGGCAGGAGGCGCACCUUCCUCCCCUGAGUCGGCCCGGAGCAGUCCACAAGGAGCGCCCGACUUUCCAAAGGACUGCGCUAGCCCUGAAACUUACACAAGAAUUGCUCGCCCAGCAUCCUCUUGCUUAGAAUCGUCAUUUGACCACUCCAUCCCUCCCGAGGUCGCUGUAGGUCACCAGCCUGACCCUCAGGUGGCCCCACUUGACCUGGCUACACCCCAUCGUCGUAUCGGCGUUGUAGCACCGACGCCGCCCAUACAGCAAUCCUUCACGGUGGCUGUGGGUCUGACACGCUCACCCCCGACACUUAAACCUAAGGCUACUGUCUUACCAAGACUAGUUGUCACUCCGGCAAUCCAGCGACCAACAAAAUACGUCUCUUUGCCCUCGGUGGCCCCCUAUCAGUGCAGGCUAUGCCCCUACCCAGCUCACUAUCACCAGCAGAACCCUCAUUGGCGCCCCUGGUGAACUUAGGCCCUUCACUGUUAGUGGUCGUGUAACCCAUUGUUAACUCAGAUUCUAUAUUUAUAUAUUCAAACCUGCCAUCAGUGCCUUUGUAAUUCUGUACCUGACCUAAGGACAAGGUAUGUUUGCAUUAUAACACAACAUUUUCGUUACAUCUUCUAAUUGGAAAAUAAAUAAAGUAGUACUGUUCCUAAGUCUAAUGGUUCUGUGAUAUGAAUAGUGCAUACUGUUGGUGGCUGUGUUUGUAAGAGAGACAUACAGUAUACCAUCCAUUU